CUUCUGUAGCAUCAUUAACUAAAACAUGGCGCUGUCUAGUGUAUUGAGGAGUGAGUCUGCGAAUUUCUCUGAUCAGUUUGACCGGCCUUUCGCUCACAGCUGCGGGCUCGGUCAGACGGAUCUCGGCUUUGGAGCCGCGCUUGGAGACAGCGCUAACUUCGCCGUGAAGCCGCUGGGUGGAGAGGAUGAAGUGGAGAGAAAGAUUGAGUUUCUUCACGGAACGACCACCUUAGCUUUCAAAUUUGAGCAUGGCGUUAUUGUGGCUGUGGAUUCCAGAGCGACCGCCGGCUCCUACAUCGCAUCGCAGACGGUAAAGAAGGUAAUUGAGAUCAACCCGUACCUGCUUGGCACAAUGGCAGGUGGAGCCGCAGACUGCAGUUUCUGGGAGCGACUGCUGGCCAGGCAGUGCCGCAUCUACGAGCUGCGCAACAAAGAGCGCAUUUCAGUGGCAGCUGCAUCCAAGUUAUUGGCCAACAUGGUCUAUCAGUACAAAGGAAUGGGCCUCAGUAUGGGGACAAUGGUGUGCGGCUGGGACAAGAGAGGGCCAGGGCUCUACUAUGUGGACUCCGAGGGUAACCGUGUGUGCGGAGAUCUCUUUGCGGUGGGCUCGGGCUCCAUGUACGCCUAUGGCGUGGUUGACAGCGGCCUUCGCUACGACAUGACCGUAGAGGAAGCUUGCGACCUGGGCCGCCGCGCCAUCUACCAAGCCACCUAUCGUGACGCCUACAGCGGAGGCCAAGUCAACCUGUACCACGUCCAUAGUGAUGGAUGGAAGAGGGUCUCUCAGGACGACGUGCUUCUACUGCACCAUAAAUAUCAGAGCGAGAAGGCAUAAAGGGAGGAGCUGAGUAAAUAGGGUUGGGGUUUGAUAAGAGUAGAGAGGGGUUAAAGGCACUUCUCAAACAUCAAAUUGGCAGAAUAACGACCUCCAGUGGAAGUUAUGGAAAGCUUUUGUGUGAAAGCUGGUUCAUUUUUACUCUGUUACAUAACAGAAUAGAUCAGUUUCUGUUAUUUUUCCUCAUGUAUGUUAUUUGUUAGUUAUCAACCACAGUUUCAAUAGUAUUACAGUUGUAGCCAUUGGUCUGAAAUGUAAGAAAUUCUUUGUGAAAGUAAGGGGGCGCUGUAUCCCAGUGGACACGUGACGGGCCAAAACUCCAGUUGGCCGGCUCUUGUUGAGUGGGAGUGGGCUUCUGUUCUCAUCACACAUGUAUCUGCACACUAAACCUACUCUCAAUAAACCUUGGAUUUUUGCUAA